AUGGUGUCCAAGAAGUUAAUGGGUGUAUGGGCGUUCCUGGAUUUCUGUCUUCUCGCGGCGGGAAUAGUGGCUCUAGUCCUCUCUAUUGUCUGGAGGAAGACGGAUGUUAUGAUGAACAUGGUGCUGAGCAAUGCCGAUCUGACUGCCGGCACUGUGCUGGGCAUCGUUCUCUUGAUCACAUUUGCCCUAUCUAUUGGCGCUAUCGUCCAACCAAACCACGUCACCAUUGGUCUUGUAAUCCUUAACUGGGCUCUUAUUGCGGACGCACUCGGUAUCGUCGUCAUUGGCACAUUCGUUUGGUUCUUCACCCUCAGAGAACGCGCCAACUUCCACGACUUAUGGUUACAAGCCUCGGACCAAACGAGAAUUACCCUCCAAGACAAGCUGUCCUGUUGCGGAUACUUCAGCAGUCUAGAUAAGGCUGUCAUCGGAGGCACCCAUUGUGCCUCUGUUGAAUUCGUCCAAAGCCUAAACUUGACGCAAGAGGCCAACUUCUGCGUUUCACCAAUUACGAAGUUUGCCGACACCACACUGAAUAACAUCUUCACGACGGUUUACGGUUUCAUGGCGGUUGUCAUCUGCCUAUUCCUAGCCUCAUUAUGUGUCAUUAAGAAGAGGCAAGAAGCCGAGCGAUUCAAGAAAAUAGACGCGAAACGCGGUGGACGAGGCUUCGUCUAA